CAGUAGUAGAAUGAGGCCUGAAAUGGAUGGGGGAGGUUGUAAGGUGGUUCGGGGAGGGUGGGAAGAGGUGGGAAUGUAACUAAGAAAGAGUUGAGGUAUGGGAGGGUGGAUGUACCAACACCACUGUCUGGGGAAUGGAAACGCCUCGUGGGAGGAUGGAUUGACCUUUAUUUACUUUUUUUUUUCUUUCUUUCUUUGGGGUGUGUUGACAGGGAGGGAAAUGAGAUUAACUUACCCGCAAGACGGAAAAGUAAGCAAGUAAGAAGCUGCCUUGGAGAACGGCGAUGAGGCGGUGUCGCCCUGGCAGGUC